UUUAGAACAAUUCGAUGUUAAAGAGAUGGUCAUGAGCCCAAUUAAAGAGCAACUAUACUUUCAAUGUUUUAACGAAAUAAUUAGACAAAUUACGAUAAAGAAUCCGGAACAUGGUAAUGUGAUGAUACGUAUCCGUGACGAUUUGAAAAUGAGCAUCGACGGUUAUCGUAAACUGCAAGAGAGCAUGAUAGCCAAAGAUAUCCGAAAAUUAUUACUGAAAGAAAAAGAAAAAUCUAAUUUGGAGAAGAUGGUGCAACAGCUCAUGUCCGAGAAUGAAAGAUUGGAAGCAGAGUUUGCGGAAACAACUAAAAUGACGCAGGAAUUAGAACUUGAAAUCGCCGACAAGCGCGAAGAACAGGCCUUAAAUCGCGCUAAAGAGUUGGAUGAUAUAAAAAAAGAAAUGGAAAUUAUCAAAGAUAGAUUAAGAUCCGAGAUUGCCCGUGAUCGCCGCGAACGUCCCAAAUAAACUACGUGAACUAGUUAAUUCCAGA